AAUGCUCGAGAUAAUAGUAAAAAAAACUGCUAGUUCUUUCAGAUAGCGACUGUAGUAGGGGAGGGGUGCGAAAUGACGAAUCAAGCUGACAAAAGGCAGCCAAUCGUGACUUUUGGUUAGCGUUGGCAGUUUUCACUUUCAUGUCGCCUAACGGUGUUUUACAAACUUUUUUCACCGGGAGGAAUUCGUCAGACUGUAGACUGUGUGUACGCAGUGAAUGGGGCGCGGGCGCGGAAUCCGUGGAAUGCCUAGAUAGUGCUAACUUUUGCUCCGAGGCGCGGAAAAUGGAUUCCGAAAACUUGUAAGGACACGUUAAAAACUGCAACGUGUUUUAGGAGGUGAGAGGCUGACGGCGGAUGGAUUUAAACUCCCAUUUCGUUUUGAAUUUCUACACUGGACAUCGCUAUACGAAACAACAAAACCGAAUAUGUUACGGCAUUAAGACAGGGGAGGGCUCGGGGCGUGCAGCAAACGGAAGAGUGUUGGCGUGUAUUUAAGUCAGCUUAAGGUUUUUGGGGGGAGGAGAGGGAUGGACUCUCUAAAGAAAGAGCUGGAAGAGGAACUGAAGCUGAGCACAGAGGAUCUGAGGAGCCAUGCCUGGUACCACGGCCAGCUUCAGAGAGAGGGGGCGGAGCAGUUGUUGGAGAGAGACGGGGACUUCCUGAUCAGAGACUCUCUCUCCAGCCCUGGGGACUACGUGCUCAGCUGCCAGUGGAGGAACGAGCCCAUGCACUUCAAGAUCAUCCGUGUGGUACUGAGGCCCAAGAAGGGAUACUCGCGGGAGCUGUUCCAGUUUGAACAGGACCAGUUCGACAACAUCCCGGCGCUCGUCCGCUUCCACGUGGGGGGGCGUCGGCCCAUCUCCGAGGCGUCGGGGGCCAUCGUCUUCCACCCCGUGAACCGCACCGUGCCCCUGCGUGUGAUCAGGGAGCGGCAGGCAGCCCGCGCCCACAGCAGCAGCGACCUCCGCUGGCCGGGGGCGGAACAGCAGCCAUGCUCCGAGCGCAGCAAGAGACUGAGCUUCCACUCUGGCCAGAUGGACUCCUUACAGGUCAACAGCAACCUGCUCAGGAACAAGGAGAAGAGCGGGAGUCACCCUGGUAACCUGGAAAACCUGGGCCGGAGACCCUCCCUGCAGACUGCACAGUCUGAUAGCAACCUGCGCUCAGGCACCCCACCAUCCAACCAGACAGAGGACCCCAGCCCCGCCCCCAUGUCCCCGUUUUUUCGGACAGGAAGCGAGCCCAUGCUGAGCCCCCGCACCCCCCGCCACACCCACCCCUCCAACCCAGCGGGGGGCGACACCCUGCGCGGCUCCGACGGGCAGCUGCACUCCCGCGCCCCGCCCAAGCCCCUGCGGGUGUCGGCCGUGUUCCCGGCCCGCCCCCCCGGGGAGGACCCCGCCUCCUUCUACGACGAGCUGGUGCCGCGCGUGCCCCCGGCCCGCGUGCGCGGGCACGUGGACCGCCUGCGCGCCGAGGAGAAGUGGCAGAGCCGCGCCCGCCUCACCGAGAGCAGCUUCAGCUUCCUGGAGAUGGGCGGGGCUCCCCAGCUGCUGGGGGUGGGGGAGGAGGUGGAGCCCCAGGACAUGGGGGCGGAGCCACACUUUGUCAGGCCGCAGGUGGAGACGUCCUCCAGCUUCGACCUGGACCAGUUCAGCUCCCUGCUGUUGCCCGACAACAACCGGCCCCUGGAGCCCGCGGUGCUGCUGGCCCUGAAGGAGCUCUUCACCCGCAGCGACCCCAAGACCAUCGCCCUGCACAUGCUCAGUGUCGACUGCCAGGUGGCCCGGAUCACUGGUGUGACGGAGGAGCAGAAGAGGCUCAUGGGAGUGAGCUCCGGGUUGGAGCUGAUCACCCUACCACACGGCCAACAGCUGAGACAGGACCUGCUGGAGAGGCACCACCUGAUCGCCCUGGGUGUGGCGGUGGACAUCCUGGGCUGCACGGGCACGGUGGGGCAGCGGGCGAACGUCCUGCACAGGUUCAUCCAGCUGGCCAAGGAGCUGCGCCACACUGCCCACGACCUCUACGCCUUCUCUGCUGUGAUGAAGGCUCUGGAGCUCCCACAGGUGGCCAGGCUGGAGAUGACGUGGCAAGCUCUGAGGAGAAACCACACAGACAGCGCUGUGGCCUUUGAGAAGGUGCUCAAGCCCUUCCUGCAAGCUCUCAACGAGGGAAACACUGAGGCGGUCCAAGGCCCUCUCUCCAUGCCCCACGUGCUGCCCCUCUUGCGGGUGAUGGAGGGCGAGGAUUUGGGGGAGCACACAGAGCGGGGGUGCCAGUUGUUGCUUAACACCCUGCAGUCCGCCCGCCAAGCCGCCCUCAACGCACCCCAGUACCAGGCCCACGCCCACACCUUGCUCACAGCAGGCUGGGAACCAAUCCCCGAGCUGCUGGAGGCGUUCCGCACCGAGUUCGCCCUGCGACUGUUCUGGGGUCAGUCGGGAGCAGCGGCCGAGAAGCAGGAACGCUGGGAGAAGUUCGACAAGGUGCUGAGGGUGCUGUCGGAGAAACUGGAACCUGGAGACGCCCCCCGGACUCUGACCCCAGACCCCUGAUGCCUGAUCCCUGACUCCCGGCCCACAGAUACUGGAGCUCUGUACAAGCUUGGGGGGGGGGGGGGGGUUGGACCCUACCCUGAGCUUUCCACACCACCUCCAUGCCCUCUCCAUGGCCAAAACCCAGGAAACCUGCCGUUUCACCUGGGAACCAUGGAAACUGGUGGUCUGUCCUCCUCCUCCUCCUUCCUGUAAUCACCGUCAACAAUAGAAAAGAGGAUUCAGGGAGACGAGACAAACGCCGGACCGUUGGUGCUCACGCAUGGGAGAGACGUUGCAUGUGAUACUGUGUCCAUGUUGUAAUUAAGCUGUUUUAAUUUUUCUCCCAUACAGCCACGCCUUUGAAUCUGACACUCAGGGCCACACCCCCUAGCACAUGGCCAUACCCUCAAACAGAGGGCAACUCUGAGGCCACGCCCCCAGUGCUGUGCCACACCCUUAAACAUGGGGCCACGUCCUGACUCUCAGGGACAUUAUAAUUACAAUGUCUAUAUUUUCACUGGAGAAAAAAACAGCUGUGCCACAGCCAGGAUUCAGCCUUACCACCUGCUGCAUACAAGAGACUCACAAGUUGUCGGGUCUCCUGGUACUUUUUUGCCAAGAAAUGACCAGGAUCAGCUCAUGCAAUCUUUUUUUUUUCCCUCUCUAACCCAAAUUUGGAAUGUCCAGCUCACAAACCAUGUACAAAUGUGCUCACAUACGCCCCCUGCUGCCGGCUCGGGAGUGCAAACACAACUCACGGUUCUCCUCCGAAACACGCGCCUGCCAGCCAGCCGCUUCUUUUCACACCGCAACCAUGAAAGAGAACAUGCCCGGACGGCCACCAGCCAACUAUGCGCCUGCCCUGCUGGGCUGCUGGCCACAGUCGGCACUGGCACGGCCUGGAUUCGUUCCGAAACAGCAGUGCUCACUCCAGACGCCACAGGCGGCGCUUUUACUGAGCACGUGCGAUCUUAAGCCCUGAUCACUGUAGCUACCAGGAAAGAGAACAAACUCCUUCCAGGUCUGGGGCGAUGUCACUCAUUAUUCCUGUCUUCUGAUUGGCUGAGCUGGUGACACGUCAGACAAAGGAGCCAGUCUCAGAAGAGUCGGGACAAUAACUCUCCCAAGGGUCCACCAAUCACAGCGGCCUGUUCGUCAAUUCCCGUGAUGCCCUCCUGCUUCCAGUUCUGAAAAUAAGAUGGCACUGGGCCUUGGGUGUGAUUGCUACAGUAUAAAUGUACAGCCCAAUCGUGAAAUGAACACCCCAGACUAAUUCUAUCAACUCUGUAUGAUCACAGAUCAGAAGUAUCUUCCUUUUUAAAAAAAAUACUUCCAUUUUAAGGCAAACUCGCGCCUGUUGGGUAAAAAGAAGCAGUCAACUGACAUCUCUUUUCACAGAGCAAACGCUUGUCAGCACUCUCCCGAAUGGUCAACAGGAAAAUAUUUACCCAAAGCCAUCCCCAGCACCAAUCUAUAUUUCUACUUUGUCCCAUAGGGCUGCAGGAAAGCCAGCUGCACGGUUCUGGUCAACUUUCUGUUUCGUUGCAAUAGCUCCACCCAUUCAGCCUGCUCAGAUUAUCUCUGAUUGGUCAGAUGCAUUUGUUUUUUUUGGACUCAUAGACACUACUGCAGGUCCUUAAGACCAAACAUAACAUGCAACCCCAGUGUACUGUGAGCACGUGAGCCUCAGAAUGCCGUCAAAGCACUGAUAUGUCAAUGAAAUCUGAGCCAAAAUGGUGCCAAAACUGCUGUGCGUACAGUGUAUAAAGCCGCUACUCAGUUCACGGCACUCGAGGUCCAAGAACUGCUGCUUUCCCACCCUCCCCUCUACCUGGGAGUCAGGUGUGAAGACAGUCUGGCUAAUCAGUAUCACUGACUGUUCAGUUAAUUACCUGGGAUGAGAACAAAACCAGGGCCGGAUUUGGAGUCAGGGGCCAGAUUUGAGUAUCCAGGGUAUAGAGCAGUUCUUCUCAAACUCCCCUGUGUAUGCUGGUUUUCAUUCCAAACACAAAUCAAAUCCCAGGAUUUUUGCAAGCUGUAAAUUUUUCUUUAUUAGGUGCUUUUCACAUUUGGAGAGAUUAUUUACCCUUAAACCACAUCGUCAGAAAUACCUAUGCAUGCCAUGAAGAAAAAAGAUUCUCGUAUGCAUAUCGUGCUAUAAUGCAGACAAUUCAGAGAAAAAGAUUUUUUUGGAUCAAAUGAAAGAUUUAAUUUGUUUGCUGCACAAUUCCAAAUGUUUCAUUUCAUAUUUUUUUCCCUUUAAACUUAUUAACACAAGGCAGGCUUGGCUCAUUAUCAUUUGCUUUGUCUUUGAAUUCCUCAUUAUCUUCCAGAUGGUUAGUUUCUGUGGCCAGGUGUCCACAAUUUCACAGUAUGAAUGCGGGAAUUGUAUUCUUCAUUGCAUGCAUGACCUAAGAGGGUAGUUAAUCCCUCUAAACACAAAAAGCACCAAAUUAAGAAAACAGUAACAGCCUGUUAAAAUUCUGGGAUUGCAAUUGUAGUUGGAAUGAAAACCAGCAUAGAAAGUGGCUCCCCAGGCCCGAGUUUGGGAAGCACUGGUAUAGAGCAGGGCUGCCCAGCUCUGUUCCUGGAGAUCUGUUUUCUGGCAGUCUUUCAACCAUUAUUUGGCUCACCUGACUCAACGAAUGAGCAGCUCAACAAGCUCUAGCUGUUGAGUGUGGUGUGCUAUUGUUAGGGUUGUAGUGAAAGCCUACAGGAAAGCAGAUCUCCAGAAACAGGUUUGAAAACCACUGAUAUAGAGGAUGCAAGAGGUCAUAUUCUCUGCAUUAUAAACGUUUCUACUGUAACUGAUGAUUUUGGCCCUGUUGCCACAGUGUCUUCAGUGGGGUGAGGGAUAUUUCUCCCCCCCCUCCCUUUUUCAGUUUACAUUUAAAAAAUGAAUGUUUUGAAAUAAAGAAACUACUGGAACA